GUAUGCAAGUAAUCACCUGGCUAUGGAUCACUCUAGUUAAUGAUGCCCAUUGAAGCACUUCAAGAUUCACUACACCUUAGGCAUGUCCUACAAGCAAGCAUUCAGGCGUUCAACUCGGACGAAGAGAGCUGUAUGCCCUUUCAGAUCUCUCCUCCCCCACAACAGGAUGCUCACAAACCCGGCAUGUAGUCGAAGAAGGCAUUGAAAUGCUUCGCGCUCUUCUCCCAGACACGAUGAUUAUAGCUGCUUUGGAUAUUAUUGAUCGCGAAGGUGUCGUAAAGUACAAGACCUCUUGGGGCCGGCACCACUACGAAGUUAUGGGCACCACUUCAACAUAUACCGUCUUUCCGCACCUCGAUGUUGCAUCUACAGCCGUGUCUAGUUACUGUACCUGCCCAUCAUUCGCAUUCGCAGUGUUAAUAUCCGAGAACCAUCUUAUGUGCAAACAUGUUUUGGCGGUAUGCCUUGCAGAUAGGUGGUCUCGUUGUGUCGUGCGUCCCAUCGAAGAUGAUGACUUACUGUUGAAAUUUGCGGGGCAUGUCUCUCCCUAGACAUUCUGCUUGCAAUUCUUGGUCGCAGGCAUGUCUUCAUUUCCAUCAGAAGCCUUGUAUAAAUAAGGAGCACCUGAUCGAACAAUGUGUCAGAUUGCCCUAGUUCUUUGCUUCUUUAUCGCACGAUCGUCUUCGUGAAGACCUCGUCAUGACACCGUAGCACAACAACACGACAUUCAAUUCGGUUCCAUCUGCACAUGAAAAAAUGCCUUCAUCGAUCUUUGGUUG